CGACUAUUCUUCUAAUAAAAACAGACAGAAAGUGUGAGUGUUAUAGUGAGAAAGACAUACAUAGAGAGAAUGAGGAUAAGUGAUAUUUUCUGCUCUUCUCCGGCAUCAACAGCCGUAAGACGAAGUACACUUCCACACGGUGGAGAAAUCACCGGAGGCCGCAGAUCCGUGGAUAGCCUCCGCCGUAGACAAAACCAUAACAGCACUAGAGACAAAACCGCCCCAUGCUUUGCAUCCGAGAUGCCUUUUAUCCCAAUCCCUCGUCCGACCUUGAGCUGUAGAAACUCUUUUGAGUCGUCAAGCGGUUUUCUCCGGAAGACCCCUACGACGGCUACCAGCGGUGACGUUCGCCGGAAAAGCUCAGCUGACGUAAGCGACGUCCUGAGGAGAACGAGGAGUACUUCUCUACAAGGCUCAUCAUCGUCGAGGUAUCUUUUAAAGGAUCAUAAGUCUUUUAAGGAAGAUGAUAAGGACGUUUGGUUAUCAUCAUCGGAUCGUUCUAAGGAUUUGAUUCCCUUUCGUGACCGCAACGUCACUUCUUCUUCUUCUUCUUCAUCUUCAACUUCCUCAUCUUCAUCAUCUUCUGUAACCAAUGUUUCAUCGCCGGCUCCAUCCAUUGAUGAUGAUCAGGUUGUGGUUUUGAGAGUAUCGAUCCAUUGCAAGGGAUGUGAAGGGAAGGUUAGAAAGCAUAUCUCCAAAAUGGAAGGGGUGACAUCAUACACCAUUGAUAUAGCAACAAAGAAGGUGACGGUGGUCGGAAAGGUAACACCUUCUGCAGUAGUAGAAAGCAUCUCAAAGGUCAAAUUCGCUCAGCUUUGGCCUUCAUCUUCGUCUCCUUCGUUUUCUCACGUUCCUAAUCAUUUCCUCCUCGUCAAAUCUUAGUUUUUUCUUGUUGUAUUCUAAUCAAAAUUAUAUUGUUAUUAGUCAUCGAUCAUGUUGUGAUUGGUACCAAUGUAAUAUUAAGGUUAUGUAUUUUAACAGACAUAUGUUGAAUCAUCCGUGUUCCUUUUCUAUAUUUACAAAGAGCAAGUCGCAUAAACGAAACUACAUAUUAUAAACCUUAUUUUC